GCAAUCUUGGACUUGCACCUGUCCGGUGAUGGACCUCAGAGCGCCCGGGGUUUUCUGCAGCUCAUGCGGGAGCCGUGGCUGAGCGGCCAGAGCGUUGGGAUGUAACCGUAGAGGAAGUGGUAGAUUAGCUGCCGUGAUGGGGCUUCACCGGGGCCCGCGGCUCUUGGACUUCACCAAGACGCCGCCGCACCUGCAGUUCAACAAGUACGUCCUGACAGGAUACCGGCCCGUUUCCACCGCGCCGGACUGCCUCAGGAGCCUCUUCUACAUGCACAACGAGCUGGGGAACAUCUACAGUCAUGGAAUCCCCUUCCUCCUGUUCCUGGUGCUGCUGCCUUACAGUAUUCCCUGGAUGGAGGUGGACAGCACCUGGAUCUGUGUCGCCCACUACCUGGCCUGCCUCUGCCCCACCAUUGGCUCAGUGCUCUACCAUGUGUUCAUGAACCACAUUGGCGGUGAGCAUGUGUACGACACUCUGCUCUCCCUGGACAUGGUUGGGGUCUGCCUCGUUAACACUCUGGGAGCUCUUCCCAUCAUUUACAUCACCCUGCUGUGCUACCCGGCCGUCCAGCGGGCCGCCAUGUUGGCCUACAUCCUCCUGUCGGCCUACGGGAUCUACUGCGCCACCACGGCCCACACAAACUUCCUGCGCCUGCGGGCGUUCGUCUGGCAGGCGUUGUUCCGCGUCAGCCUCUUCCUGUUCCGGGUUUACGGCAGCGGCGUGGGCAGCCCCGACUCGCUGCGGCUCUUCGUCAUCAUGGACGCCCUGGCCGUGCUGGGCGGGCUGGUCAACGUGAUCCAGAUCCCCGAGCGUUUCAGCCCCGGCCUGUUCGACAACUGGGGGAACAGCCACCAGAUCAUGCACGUCAUGGUGGUCUGCUCCAUCAUCUACCUGCACUGGGGAACCAUGGAGGACUUGGCCUGGAUCAAGACCUUCCAGUGUCCCGCUGGGUGAAGCUCUGACCCGGCGACAUUUGUUACAUUUUCACCUGCGGUUUGCUUUCUACGGAAGCCAAGAGUGGGUUUUUUCCCGCAUAUACCUUUUCCCAAUGGUUUUCUCAAGAUAACUACUGUAUUUUUCGGACUAUAAGCCGCUACUUUUUUCCUACUCUGAACCAUACAGCUUAUAGUCUGGUGCAAUUUUUCUUCAACCGCCAGGGGGAGCUCUUUAGCAGGAAGUGAAUCAUUGGAAGUCAAAAUGGAAAAUCAUAAAAAAGAGCGCUAAUUUUCAUUACUUUUCCAUUUAAAAAAACACUUUGUGGGUGCAGCUUAUAGUGAGGUGCGCUCUACAGUCCUGAAAAUACAGUAAAUAAUUUCCCCUUAGUUUUCUGAAGAAAACCAGUUGAUUUUUCCAGUGGUUUUCUGGAGAUUAGUUCAUUUCUUGAUAGUUUUCUCAAGAUAACGAGCUAAACAUCAUUUUCAAAAAAACUUGUUGCCAUGAAGAAUGGAAUUAGGUUGAACAAACGCAUAAUCUCGUAAUCUCAAGAAAACAAACUUUUUCCCAGAUUAACUCGUUAUUUGGAGAAAAAACAUCUCAAAACGUACAUGCAGAAAAUGUCCGCUCUUGGCUUCCGUAGCUUUCACACGAACCAAACCCUUUGAAGCUGUUCCCCUCCUCACCUGUGGUGGCACUGCACUGAAAAGAAACGACAUGGAGACCUUAUCCUUUGCAAAGCGUAGACAAAAAUGGCAUAGCAUCAAAUUUUUGUGGUUGUAGAAUUUCUUUUUAUCAAAACACCAACAUCUCAUUUCUCCCUCUAAUGCUAAAUUCACUUGUUUGUUUUGAUUGUAUUUACCCAGAAUGCUGUGCAUGGCAGUUCACUUUCUGUUUUUGGAGGGUAUGAAUUCAAACCACACCAGAGUUUAUUUCAACCAAGUUUGAUGACACAUUCCCGCCUCCCCAAACAAACUAGAGAUCUAUUAAACCGGACUGAACAGAGCUGCUGUGAAUGUACCCUUAAAAUGUGCUUUAGUUCUAGCUACUCAAACGCUCUUCAGCAGAAGUUUAUAAUGCCAGAGAAGAAGAGGAACCAAUUGCACUGUUACUCAACUCUGAUAUCGCUGUAUCAGAUUAAAAUCCUGAGUUACUUGAUUCAUAGUUUGCUGAUCUGCAGCCGUUUCUGGGUCAUGACCCAUAAUAACAAGAGUCUGUAAAGUUGUAAUGUACAAUAAAGAUUAUAUUUUUAUA